UUCCGUUAAUGAACACGCCCCCCUCUGUGGUCUUGUUCGGGUCGGAUAUGGAAACAUGGCGAGCGUUGAAAUAGCAGCGGAACACGAACGUAUCUUACGGGAGAUAGAGAGCACAGACACGAACUGUAUCGGACCGACACUCCGGUCUGUGUAUGACGGUCAGGAACAUGGCGUGUUUAUGGGGAAGCUGGACGGGAGGAUUCGGAACCAUGACAGAGACAUCGAAAAGAUGUGUAACCACCAUUUCCAAGGAUUCGUUGACUCCAUCACUGAACUACUCAAAGUCAGGGGAGAAGCACAGAAACUCAAGAGUCAGGUGACUGAGACCAACCAACGUCUCCAGGAAGAUGGGAAAGGGCUGUUGACCUGUAUGGAUGAGUUGAGACUGUGUCGCCUGCAACAGAGAAACAUCGCCACAUCCAUCGACAAGUUCACACACUGUCUACCAGUGUUGGAGAUGUACAACAAACUACAGGAACAGAUGACUCAAAAAAGGUACUACCCAGCCCUGCGGACUCUGGAGCAGCUGGAACAGACGUGUCUCCCCAGAGCGGGCCAGUACAGGUUCUGUUCCAUCAUGUCUGACAAUAUCCCCAGACUGAGGACCCUCAUCAGAGACACGGCCAUGUCUCAACUCAAAGACUUCCUGGAGUCUAUUCGGAAACACAGCGACAAGAUAGGAGAGACCGCUAUGAAACAGGCCCAGGUCCAGCGCUCUCUGGACAGCGCUGUGUCACUCCAACAGAGAGCUGCGGUUGGUCGACGGCUGAGGAAGGAGGCGGGACUAGGGGCGGUGUCUGACAUUGACGGACAGGGCAGCAGCCCAAUGUCUGAACAAGACUCUGGAGUACUGGAUGUAGAGGAUGAGGAGGAUGAAGAUGAGGUACCAGGGGCCCAGGAGUUGGUUGACUUCUCUCCAGUGUACCGAUGCCUCCACAUCUAUACAGUUCUGGGUUCCCGGGAGCAGUUUGAGAACUACUACAGGAAUCAGAGAAGGAAACAGGCUCGCCUCGUACUGCAACCCCACUCUAACAUGCACGAAACCUUGGAAGGAUACAGAAGGUACUUCAAUCAAAUAGUAGGGUUCUUCGUGGUAGAGGACCAUAUUCUCCACACUACCCAGGGCUUGGUGAACAGGGCCUAUGUAGAAGAGCUGUGGGAGCUAGCUCUGUCCAAGACCAUCGCUGCCCUGCGCACACACUCAUCGUACUGCACUGACCCGGAUCUGGUGUUGGAUCUGAAGAAUCUCAUUGUGCUGCUGGCAGACACACUGCAGGGCUUUGGGUUCCCAGUGUCUCAGCUGUUUGAUAUGAUGUUUGAGAUGAGAGAGCAGUAUGGAGAGAUAUUACUGAAGAAGUGGAACCUCGCAUUCAGGCAGGUGUUGGACCAGGAUAACUUUAGUCCCAUCCCCGUGGCAACAGAGGAGGAAUACAGACAGUUCACUUCCCAGUUCCCCUUCCAAGAUCCGGAACUGGACAAGCUUCCGUUCCCUAAAAAGCUUCCGUUCUCUGAGUUUGUUCCUCAAGUCUACUCUCAGCUCAAAGAGUUCGUCUACGCCUGCCUCAAGUAUUAUGAAGACCUUCACCUCAGGUACGCACACCCGCACCGCACACCCGCACCGCACACCCGCACCGCACACCCGCACCGCACACCCGCACCGCACACCCGCACACCGGCACACCCGCACACCGGCACACACGCACACCCACACACCGGCACACCCACACACCGGCACACACACACACCGGCACACCCACACGGCACACCCACACCGGCACACCCACACCGGCACACCCACACCGGCACACCCACACCGGCACACUCACACCAGCACACCCACACCAGCACACCGGCACACCCACACACCGGCACACCCACACACCACACACCGGCACACCCACACACCGGCACACCCACACACCGGCACACCCACACACCACACACCGGCACACACACCACACCCACACAUCCGCACAUCCACACACGCACACCGGCACACGCACACGUGUGCCGGUGUGUGGGUGUGCUCCACCAUCUUAUCCACCAGUGA